AUGAAGCUAUAUCUUGAAGAAAUGCCUCCAUCAUUUCAUGGAAAGUCUUUCGCUGAAAGUGCCCUAGUUUGUUUUAAACUUGGUGUGAUGCUUCUUGCAAUCGAAAAAGAACGAAAAGAUGAAUAUGGUAACACAAGAAUGGCCGUGGAUAUUGUACCAUGUGAUGAUUGUAUUAUUAUUCGUGGAAGUCGUGCGUUCAUUGUUUGCAUGUCAAGCGAAGAUGCGAAUCGAACUAUCCACGAUGCUGAUGUUACUCAACCUCUGAUGACACAACAGUCUGAAAGAGCAAGCACACCAUGCUAUCAGCGUAGUAACACCUUUCUAGAAGAGGAUAUGUCAAGCUUUGAUUCUACGGGUAUGUUUUAUUUUACACCAUCACGUAACAUACAAGAUGCUGUUCUCGAUGUAAACUCACUUCGCGAAUAUCAUAACAUUCGUCAUCGACCACAAACUGUACAAGAUGAUGGAAUACAAUGUAAACAUCCACUUCAAUUUCGAGACCGUACGUAA